UUGGACAUGGUGAGAGGAACAUAACUGGGUCCAGAUCCAGGUUACUGCGUAGUGCAAUGAGGAAGUCCGAGCCCCCUGGAAAAAACAAGCAGCUUAGAAAGGGUUUAUGGUCACCGGAAGAAGAUGACAAGCUCAUGAGGUUCAUGCGCAACAAUGGACAGGGUUGUUGGAGUGAUGUGGCCAGAAAUGCUGGCUUGCAAAGGUGUGGCAAAAGUUGUCGCCUUCGUUGGAUCAAUUAUUUGAGGCCCGAUCUUAAACGAGGCGCUUUCUCACCCCAAGAGCAACAACUCGUUAUCCAUCUGCACUCCCUUCUUGGCAACAGAUGGUCUCAGAUUGCGGCACACAUGCCAGGACGAACAGACAAUGAAAUCAAGAACUUUUGGAAUUCCACGAUUAGAAGAAGGCUCAAGAACUCUUUGGCCACAAAUGACGUCGCCAAUAUGGGAGGAUUCGUUUCAGCUCAAGAUCAACAAAGCAUUAACGUACCCAUGUUCAACCCUCGUCCCUCACCGCCCACAGCAGACAAGAGUCCUGCGGGAGGAAUAUUCUCAGCAAGUCGCGGGGUUGAGAAGGUAGAUACUGGAACAUCAGAAUGGGAUGAGUUGUUUGUUCCUCCUCUGGAGAGUACUUCUAACCUCAAAGUGGAGAGCACGUGCCACGCACGCUCGGCCAAUGCUUACUUUGAAGACGCAAACGGUGGGGUUAAUAGCUGCAGAAGCAACAGUAACAGAGGCCACCAGGUGGAGGAUUUAUUUCAACAAAGUUAAUCAGCAUGGGACAGUGGAAUCUGGAGGAUCUGAUGAUGGACAUCUCCUCCUCUUCCUUCCUUGAUUUUUCUGAUCAACACAUCAGCUCCCAUCCAAGCUCCUUUUAAAUUGUAUGUAGUAACAACAAUUCGCCACAGCACGUAACUGAAUUUUCCCAGAACCACCACCACCCCAUGUAUCCAUCUACUUGCAACCCUGUAAUAUUUGUAAUUUCCCCCUUAUAUUAUAUUGGAGCAUGGUCAAAUAUUGAUGAGGGGGUCUCCAAGUGAAUGAUCACGUGCUGCAAUUAAAGACAUGCAAGUUCCAGUUUAGGCGGACCUACUUGUUAGU